GAUACCACGUAGAACAACGAAAUGUUGAUAGGUUGCGCAGUCUAAACCUGGACAAAAAUUCUGCAAGACUCAUCAGUUAUAAAAAUAGAACGAAUGCUAACAGUGGUGGUCCACCGAAGAACUCAAAAUUAGAACCUAUAGUGGUUAUAUCAGAUGAUGAAACGUUACAAGAAAAAUCUGGUCAAACAAUAAAAACAACACCCUCAUCUACCGCGAAGCAGGCAGAGAAUAAUUCGAAGCGCGAUGAAUUAAUCAAUAAUUAUAAAAAUUGGUUUGACCAACUGCAACUCAGCGGUGAGGAGUUGUUGAAAAGAUUACGUUCUUUGAUCAGGAUCUACAGAGAAUUACAACGGUUGGAGUUCGACAUCGAGAGUUAUAUCUCCGAACGGGACACUCAGAAUCUACUCGAUCGAGAAUUAAUGAAUGAAUUUAGAAGGCUGUUAUUGCAUAUAGGAACUAAGUAG